GUGUACUACGAUAUUGAGGACAAAAUAUUUAAGAACACCUGUGCUUUUGGGGGAAAUAAAAAAAAAAAACAAACAACUACGAAAUUUAAACUUCUAGAACUUUGCAACUAUUGAAGUGAGAAAAUGAAAUCCUUAAUACGUGUCUUAGUCCUUUUGGCUGCGGUGUUUGCAUUAAGUGUUGGAGUUUUGGGCAACAAUGCAACUUGGGGACACAUUGGAUAUUUUGAUAGAGUUAUUGCUCGUGAUCGUGUGGAGCAUCCCGCCAAUUGGUUUACAAAGCAUAAGGAAACUAUUUUGUAUCCUCCCAAGGGUCACGAAAACUUCAACAUUUUGACAGCCAUUCGUGUUACGGAUUAUGGUGGCCCCAAAAACUUUGGCCAAGCUACCCUGCUGCAGGGAGGACCUGGACAUUUUAAUGCCACCAUUGAAGUGAGAUCUCAAACACGCAGGCCUUUGAAUAUGACCAUUGAAUAUUUCGGAAGGGCUUCGAUUUGAAAAGUAAGCCACAAUUUUGAAUAAAAAGAAGUUUCUCAGAGUGUUUGUA